AUGGCACCAGUCGGCGCAGCACUCUGGCGGUCCUUGCGCGCCCAUCAAGUCUAUGGCGCCAACACUGACGUGGGCAAGACGAUUGUUUCCACCGUGUUGUGCAAUGCUGUUCAGCGCCAAAAACAACAGGCCGCGUUCCUGAAGCCGGUGUCCACAGGGCCAUUGGAUGACGCGGAUGAUCAGCACCUGAAGCGCUUUGGAGCUGGGACUCUGACCAAGUGUCUGUACCAAUUCGACGAGCCCGUCAGCCCACACAUUGCGGCGCGACAAAAGAGCAUCCCACGAGACGACGAGUUGCUCGCGUCUGUUCACAAGACCCUGGCAGGCUGGGCUCAGUCGGAUGUCGACUUUGCUUUGGUCGAAACGGCUGGUGGAGUGCAUUCCCCCGGUCCCAAUGGCAACUCGCAAGCCGACUUGUAUCGACCUCUCAGGCUGCCAAUUGUCCUCGUUGCCGAUGCACGCUUAGGCGGCAUCUCCUGUUCUAUCUCCGCCUACGAGUCUCUUCUACUCCGUGGCUAUGACGUCCAAUCGGUCCUAUUAUUCCGCGAUGACUACUAUAAGAAUCACGAGUACCUUCGCGAUUUUUUCAACAGUAAAAGCAUUCCGCUGGUUCCUUUGCCUGCACCUCCCGCCCGACCUUUCCCCCAGGAUGUCGACUUACAAAAGAAAGAUGAAGAGGCCAUGGCAACUUACUAUCAGCGAGUCUCACAAGAGUCGGAUAUUCUACGACUGCUCGAAGAUAUGUCUAGGAGAAACACCGACCGUGUCCAACGUCUUGAGGAGAUGGCUGAUCGAGCCCGGGAUCUAAUUUGGUACCCUUUCACUCAACAUCAGGGCAUGGCCGCCAAGGAUAUUACCGUCAUUGAUUCUGCACACGAUGAUUACUUCCAGACGUUUCGCUCAGACCGCACCAUAACAAGCGAGAGUGAGCUGCGACCGACAUUUGAUGGGUCAGCGUCGUGGUGGACCCAAGGUCUAGGACACGGUAAUCCCGAGUUGUCUUUGUCCGCGGCAUACGCAGCCGGACGAUACGGACAUGUCAUGUUUGCAGGGGCUGUGCAUGAGCCCGCCCUCUCACUCGCGGAUAACCUGCUGAAGACAAUUGGCAACCCUCGGUUCACCAAGGUCUUCUACACGGACAACGGAAGCACCGGAAUGGAGGUCGCCAUCAAGAUGGGUCUGCGCGCGGCGUGUGAGCGCUAUGGCUGGGAUGCCACUCAAGAGAAAAUCAGUAUUUUGGGCCUCAAGGGCAGUUAUCAUGGCGAUACCAUUGGUGUGAUGGAUUGCUCGGAGCCGUCGACAUACAACCAGAAAGUCGAGUGGUACCGCGGCCGGGGCCACUGGUUUGACUUUCCCCUGGUGAAAAUGGUUCAGGGUAAAUGGAAGGUUGAGGUUCCAACUAGCCUCCAAAAAGAACUUGGCUCAGAUGUCGAGUUUGAUUCUCUGGGUGCGGUCUUCGAUCUGGACCAGCGUGUCAACUCUGACUCUGGACGACGCUAUCGAGAAUAUAUCCAUUCUACCAUCCUGGAUCUGGUCAAGCGUCAAGGAAUGAAGUUCGGUGCUUUGAUACUUGAGCCUGUUAUUUUAGGGGCAGGUGGAAUGCUUUUCUGCGAUCCUUUGUUCCAGCGAUGUCUAACAGAUGUUGUCCGCGACAAUCCUGAGCUCUUCACAUCUAAGAGCGUCUCCCCCAAACAGUCUCCGUCUUGGUCCGGUCUCCCCGUCAUUUUCGACGAGGUCUUCACUGGCCUGUAUCGCCUCGGUCGCCGGUCGUCUGCGUCUUUCCUGGGAGUGCACGCUGACGUAGCAGUGAACGCCAAGCUCCUCACGGGAGGGCUGAUCCCGCUCUGCACAACAGUCGCUAGCCAGGAAAUUUUUGAAGCGUUCUCCAGUCCGGAGAAGAGCGAUGCCCUUCUUCACGGCCACAGCUACACUGCGCACGCUGUCGGCUGUACUGUUGCCGUCGACUCUCUGCGGGCCAUGGCCCAGCUGGAUACCGAUGGCUCUUGGGAUGGAUACCGAGCCGAUUGGAGCGCUCAAGUACAUCCACCAGAGACUGGUGCGGUUCCAAAUGUGUGGAGCGUUUGGUCCCAGGGUUUACUCAAGGAUCUUUCUUGUGCGGAGACAGUAGAGAGCGUGUUCGCUCUUGGAACUGUUCUUGUAAUCGCACUUCGUGAUGUGCAUGGCGGUGGAUACACUUCCACCGCUUCCAAGGGCCUCCAGCAGAAACUCGCCACCGGAGGCGACCAGUUCAACGUUCACUCCCGGGUAUUGGGAAAUGUCCUUUAUUUGAUGUCGAGUGUCACAUCAAAACCCGAAUCCCUCCGGGAGAUGGAGGUGCUGCUCCGCUCAGCGUUGCUGUAG